AUGUCUCGCAAUCCCCAGAAACACAUCGACGCUGGUAUCAAGCAGCUGGUAGGGCACAUCAUCCCAAAGGCAAAUAGGCAGGAGGACAGGGAAUUUGUGCAAGAGACGGUCGACGAACACAUACAGCUAGCCCAUCAGAUCUUGGACAACAACCGAUCUACUGCCAUUUCCGCCGAUGCGAACCAAGCCCACGACCUGAUCAAGAAGAAACUUGUCCAGACCGAUCCAAGCGCCGCGCUUCGCUUCACACACCUGUACACCCGCCUCUUGACCCUCCCAGUAUUGCAACAAAAAUGGGCAAUACUAUAUCUUCUCUAUCAACUCGCCGACUCGCCGGACCCUGACGAGGCCCUGCCCCUCGACACCCUUAGGCAGGUCGCCGAGAACAGGAGAAUUGAGGCAUUACGUCGUAGCGAGAUUCAGAUAUCCCCAAAGCCAUCGCGACCUGCUUCAAGAACGGAAGAGAAUCAGUUCAAAGAAGCCUUCCAACCCGAAGGUCUGAGGAAAUUCCCUUCAGAGGAGGCGAGGAAAGGGCCCGAGGAGUCGGCCGGGCUUGACCAGGACAAGCACAAGGAACCGAGUCGCAGUAGAGAUGUGACUCUGAAGUCUAGGUUACUGGCAGAUAACCACGUCGAACUCGAUCCGCCCGAGACAGUAUUGCUGAGGGACCUGCCCUUCACGCUGCAAGGUUUAUCUUCGACAACCCUACCCUUCCCCAAGGAGACCAUAUUGAAGCUGCCUGCCACGCUACCGCCGCCUCUAAUAUCAUUGCUGCAUAGCUUGGCUGAGCCAUCAUUGCUCUACAAAGGACUUGUGACAUGGGUCAAGUCUCCUGCCGGCGGGCUUCUGGGGCAGAGUUUGCGCGCUGCCAUAAAUGGUGAACUCAGGUCAUACUUAAAUCUGGUGGCAACAUUAGAAGCUCAAAUACGUCGAGCCUUGUCUUCUCUGGAUGAGAGUGCGCCGAGGAGUGGAAUAGGCAGUGCAGGCGUGACUCUCAAACGGUGUGUGGUAUGGACGAGAGAGGCAACGAUGGGGCUGCGUCUCUUGAGUCUGAUUGCCGAGGAAUCGAAAAGCAAAAAGGGCGGGCAGCUUAUCUCACUCAUUCACGGCUUCUCGACCUCACAUGGAGAUCCGAUUGUUGCUGCGUUUGCCGAGCGGCUACUCGGGUCUGUGACACGACCAUUCUACGACAUCCUUCGACACUGGAUUUAUGACGGAGAGCUACAAGAUCCGUAUCAGGAGUUCUUCGUCAAAGAGCAAGAUCCGAACGAUGAGGAUCGCCUUGACCUCAAAUCUCGUGGCCAAAGUAGUGUUUGGAACGACAAGUACGAGGUUGAGAAGGGCAUGAUACCAAGCAUCAUAACCGACGAUUUCGCCCAGAAAGUCUUUCUGAUUGGGAAGUCGCUGAAUUUCAUCCGCCAUAGCUGUGGUGAUGCACAAUGGGUGGACGACUACUCGAAAUCGUCCUCCAAGGAGCUUCGUUACGGUGACACAGCAACCCUUGAGGCUUGGAUCGAUGAGGCGUACAAGACAACCAUGAAGCGCCUGAUGGACCUGAUGACUACCAAAUUCCACCUAUUCGACCACUUGAAUGCUCUUAAAAGCUACCUGCUUCUCGGUCAAGGCGAUUUCAUUGCCUUGUUGAUGGAGUCCCUGGCAGCGAACCUCGACCGCCCCGCAGGGGCGCAAUAUCGACACACCCUGACUGCGCAACUCGAACAUGCAAUUCGCGGCUCUAAUGCUCAGUACGACUCUUCUGAGGUGCUACGCCGCCUCGAUGCACGCAUGCUACAGCUAUCGCACGGCGAUAUAGGCUGGGACUGCUUCACGCUGGAGUACAAAGUCGACGCACCCAUCGACGUGGUUAUUACAGACUUCGGCAACCGACAGUACCUCAAAGUGUUCAAUUUCCUCUGGAAGAUCAAGCGUGUCGAGUUCGCACUCUCGUCUACCUGGCGGAAAUGCAUGACUGGAGCACGUGGCGUUCUUCAGUCCUCCGAUGCCUCUGUCCUUGAGACGUGGAAGUCAACCCGCGGUGUGCUGGCAGAGAUGAUCCAUUUCGUCGGCCAGCUACAAUACUAUAUACUGUUUGAAGUUAUUGAGUCCAGCUGGGAUGAAUUGCAGAAGGGCAUCACGAAAGAUGAUUGCACUCUCGAUGAUCUGAUCAAGGCGCACAACAAGUUCCUCAGUAACAUCACGCACAAGGGUUUGCUGGGCGCCAAGAGGAAGCAGUAUGUGGCGCCAGGGAUGACGGAACUCGAGGACAGGAGCGACUACAUGACGCAGCUCAAGUCCAUACUCGACAACAUGCUGACCUACCGGGAUUCUGUGGAUGGUCUGUAUUCAUGGUCCGUCUCGGAGUUUACUCGACGACAGGAGGCGGACGUGCGCACAGCCGCCACGUCGCGGAAACCACCCUUCCCACCAUCGAAACACAUGAAGUCUGCAUCCGUCGCGACGAGCACCAGAGGCUCCUAUCCCAAUACACCGGUGGUCGACACACUGUCCGAAGACCCAUUCGCGUCCGCUCUCGGCGGCGUCAUCUCCGAGUUCCCCGCCCUGCAGGAACGCUUGAGGCACCUGGCGACGAGCUUUCAGCGCAAGCUGUGCCUACUACUGGGGGACCUGGCGUACCAGCCGGACGUAGACAUGCGCUUCCUGGGCGUCGCGAUGAACUUCAACGAUGCCUACCAGCCUAUGCGGUCCAAGAGGUCCAAGACCGCGUCCUCGGCGACGGGGUCACAGACGGUGAAAAGCGAUGCUGGGAACACCACGAAGACUUUGUAA